CCCUCCACCUCUGCCUCCCGCCCCCGGGGCCAAAGUACAAAGGGAGGAGGAAGAAGGGAACGGGGUUGGAGCCAUCGGGUUGAGAGAGCCCGGCCGGGAAGAGGCAGCUUGGCCCAGCUAGAGACACUCCAGCCACCCCCUGCGCAAAGAGACCCAACCGGAGUCCAGGCGCUGCCCCUUGCUGGCCCCACCUUACACUUGGCGGGUGCCGGAGCCAGACUCCCAGGACUGCUCCAGACUGAGGGACGCCCGGGCCCGUCUGUGCCAGCGAUGGUGAGACGCCGGAGGCCCCGGGGGCCCACCCCCCGAGCCUGACCACACUGCCCUAGGUCGCCUUCCCCCGGAAGCCCGAGAUGCGGGGGGCCGGGAGGCGACACUCCUGGCUCCCCAGAGAGGCGUGGGUCUGGGGCUGAGGGCCAGGGCCCGGAUGCCCAGGUUCCGGGACUAGGGCCUCGGCAGUCAGCAAGGGUGGGGACCAGGGGCACCCAGGGAAGGUCCCCCACACCCACCAACGCCAGCUCCCAGCCAUGGAGCCCUUGAAGAACCUCUUCCUCAAGAGCCCGCUGGGGUCAUGGAACAGCGGUGGCAGUGGGGGCAGUGGGGGAGGCGGCGGAGGUUGGCCAGAGGGAUCCCCGAAGGCGGCAGCUUAUGCCAACCCUGUGUGGACAGCCCUGUUUGACUACGAGCCCAAUGGGCAGGACGAGCUGGCCCUGCGGAAGGGCGACCGUGUGGAGGUGCUGUCCCGGGAUGCAGCUAUCUCAGGCGAUGAGGGCUGGUGGGCGGGCCAGGUGGGAGGCCAGGUGGGCAUCUUUCCGUCCAACUAUGUGUCUCGGGGCGGCGGCCCGCCCCCCUGCGAGAUGGCCAGCUUCCAGGAGCUGCGGCUGGAGGAGGUGAUCGGCAUCGGUGGCUUCGGCAAGGUCUACCGCGGCAGCUGGCGAGGCGAGCUGGUGGCUGUGAAGGCAGCUCGCCAGGACCCCGAUGAAGACAUCAGCGUGACAGCUGAGAGCGUGCGACAGGAGGCCCGGCUUUUCGCCAUGCUGGCACACCCCAACAUCAUUGCCCUCAAGGCCGUGUGCCUGGAGGAGCCCAACCUGUGCCUGGUGAUGGAGUAUGCUGCCGGCGGGCCCCUCAGCCGCGCCCUGGCUGGGCGGCGUGUGCCCCCCCAUGUGCUCGUCAACUGGGCCGUGCAAAUUGCUCGUGGGAUGCACUACCUGCACUGCGAGGCCCUGGUGCCUGUCAUCCACCGAGACCUCAAGUCCAACAACAUUCUGCUGCUGCAGCCCAUUGAAGGUGACGACAUGGAGCACAAGACCCUGAAGAUCACUGACUUCGGCCUGGCCCGCGAGUGGCACAAAACCACGCAAAUGAGUGCUGCAGGCACCUAUGCCUGGAUGGCUCCUGAGGUUAUCAAGGCCUCCACCUUCUCUAAGGGCAGCGAUGUCUGGAGUUUUGGGGUGCUCCUGUGGGAACUGCUGACUGGGGAGGUGCCCUACCGUGGCAUCGACUGCCUUGCUGUAGCCUAUGGAGUGGCCGUUAACAAGCUCACACUGCCCAUCCCAUCCACCUGCCCCGAGCCCUUCGCACAGCUCAUGGCCGAUUGCUGGGCGCAGGAUCCCCACCGCAGGCCCGACUUCGCCUCCAUCCUUCAGCAGUUGGAGGCACUAGAGGCGCAGGUCCUGCGGGAAAUGCCGCGGGACUCCUUCCAUUCCAUGCAGGAAGGCUGGAAGCGCGAGAUCCAAGGCCUCUUUGACGAGCUGCGGGCCAAAGAAAAGGAACUACUGAGCCGCGAGGAGGAGCUGACCCGCGCGGCGCGUGAGCAGCGUUCACAGGCAGAGCAGCUGCGGCGGCGCGAGCACCUGCUGGCCCAGUGGGAGCUGGAGGUGUUCGAGCGCGAGUUGACGCUUCUAUUGCAGCAAGUUGAUCGCGAACGGCCACACGUUCGCCGCCGCCGCGGAACCUUCAAGCGCAGCAAACUCCGCGCGCGCGACGGCGGCGAGCGCAUCAGCAUGCCGCUCGACUUCAAACACCGCAUCACCGUGCAGGCCUCUCCCGGCCUGGACAGGAGGAGAAACGUCUUCGAGGUCGGGGCUGGGGACUCGCCCACCUUCCCCCGGUUCCGGGCCAUCCAGUACUCCUUCCAUUCCCCCCUCCCCCUGCCCGCCACAGUGGAGCCUGCAGAACCAGGCCAGGCAUGGGGCCGACAGUCCCCAAGACGUCUAGAGGACUCAAGCAAUGGAGAGCGGCGAGCAUGCUGGGCCUGGGGGCCCAGUUCCCCCAAGCCCGGAGAAGCCCAGAACGGGAGGAGAAGGUCCCGCAUGGACGAAGCCACGUGGUACCUGGAUUCAGAUGACUCAUCCCCCUUAGGAUCUCCUUCCACACCCCCCAUGCUCAAUGGUAACCCCCCGCGGCCGAGCCCGGAGCCCGAGGAGCCGCGGCGGCCGGGCCCGGCGGAGCGCGGCAGCGGCUCCGGGACGCCCAAGCUGAUCCAGCGCGCGUUGCUGCGCGGCACCGCCCUGCUCGCCUCGCUGGGCCUCGGCCGCGACCUGCAGCCCCCGGGUGGACCCGGCCGCGAGCGCGGGGAGCCCCCGCCAACGCCCCGCGCCCCGCUGUCCACACCGUCCCCCGCCGAGCCGCCCCCCUCCCCGCUCAUCCGCUUCUCCCCCGAGAUGCCGGACGCCCAGGCCUCCCCGCUGAGCCCCGACGCCCCCGGCUCGCCCUCCCCCGCGCCCCUGCUGCUGGAACUGGGUGUCCCCGCCGGCCAGCCAUCAGCCAAGAGUCCCCGGCGCGAAGAGGAGAGGCGCGGAAGCGCCGUCUCGCCCCCACCAGGGAUAUCACGCUCUGCUCCUGGCACCCCAGGUACCCCACGCUCACCGCCUCUGGGCCUCAUCAGUCGACCUCGGCCCUCACCCCUUCGCAGCCGCAUCGACCCAUGGAGCUUUGUGUCAGCCGGGCCACGGCCUUCACCCCUGCCCUCGCCACAGCCUGCACCCCGCCGGGCACCCUGGACCUUGUUCCCAGACUCAGACCCCUUCUGGGACUCUCCACCCGCCAACCCCUUCCGAGGGGGCCCUCAGGACUGCAGGGCGCAGACCAAAGACGUGGGUGCCCAGGCCCCGUGGGCACCAGAGGCAGGGCCCUGAGUGGGCCGGGCUGCUCCCCACGCGCCCACCGCCCUCCAGGAGCCUCAGCAUACACUGGAAUAGGAGCCGGUCAUGCCUCUGUAGCUGCCUUGGUUUCGCCCAGGGACCCCGCCCCCCCCGGGGGUCAGGAACACUACACUGCACAGGAAGCCUUCACACUGGACGGGGGGCCUGCACCCCUCCACACCUGCAACGUGCAGGUCCCCCGACUUACCCGCCCCACUGGGGCCCAACACUGUACCCAGCUGGUUGGGAGGACCAGAGCCUGACUCAGGGAAUUGCCCCCAGGGGUGGUGCAGGGAGGAGGGGAGGUGCAGGGGAGAGGGGCCGGCCUUAGCUGUCACCAGCACUUUUGACCAAGUCCUGCUACUGUGGCCCCUGCCCCAGGGCUUCGUGCCUGGGCCCCCCUGCCCCGGGGGUCAUUUGGGGCCGGGGCUCUCUGGGUGCCUUCCUGCUGCCCCGGCCAGGGUUGGGGCCAUGGCCUCGGGAUCCAAUGAAGCCAAAUAAACUCCCCAAGCUGUCUCCCCA